GCCCAUGUGACCUUUUUGCCAUAGGUUUGGAAUGAAACGACAAUUGCGUAUCCUUAUUAAUACUGAUGCAAAAAAUUAUCUAUUGGAGGCCCCCCCCCCACGACCCCACGAGUAGCCAAGAUUAUAAAAUCUCACCAAUACAAAUAAACAGAAGGUCCAUUAAUAACUUAUCUAAUAUUAUAUAGAUCAUAAUAUGGUCAAAUAUGGUCAUAAUAUAAUGAUAUUAUAAUAUAAUAUAAUAUCACUCAGCGACGUUAUCUCAUAACACAUUAAUUUUAUAUGGGAGUAUUUAAUUUGUACAAUGUAUACACACAUAAUGCCCUUAUACAGUCUACAUAAGUAUACAAUACAGUUAUUUGGAUUUUUAAUCAUAUUCAUAAUGUAAUAAUUGCGGGGUUUCUUUUUUUUUUUUUUUUUUACAAAAAAAUAAUACACAUUUUCCAUUGACUGUACAUGCCUGGGACAAAUCGCGACAACGACUUGAGUUCUCGCGGUAACUCGACGUCGAGGGGAGUGUCAAAUUCCAGGACAGAGGCGAGAGAGCCAAAAAGAGGGGCGCAAGAUUACAUUGCAAGCUCUUUGCAAAAAUGGGCGACGAUCGACCUUUUGUGUGCAGUGCUCCUGGCUGUGGACAGAGGUUUACCAAUGAGGACCACUUGGCUGUACACAAACACAAGCAUGAGAUGACACUUAAGUUUGGACCACCCAGGACUGAUUCUGUCAUCAUUGCAGACCAGACGCCCACUCCCACCCGCUUCCUAAAGAACUGCGAAGAGGUCGGUAUAUUUAAUGAGCUGGCUAAUUCCUUCGAACAAGAUGACGACGACAAGCGGGCAAAGAACUCCUUCCCCGCUCCCACCUCAGUGGCUUUGGACAUGAGCUUACAAACACCAUUGGAUGUGAAGGUGAAAGAGGAGGAGCCUGUGGAGGUUGACUCCUCCCCACCCGGCAGCCCAGACUCCAUUUCUGCAACACCGGAGAGCAAAAAAGAGCUUCCAGUUAAGGACUCUUCCCCCAGGAGCUCGGCCCCAACAUCGACAAUAGUGCGUCCCGGUUCCCUCCCACUGCACUUGGGCUUUGAUGCCCUUCAGCCAACCAUGCCAUCGCCCACCUCCGUUAUCACACAAGCACCACCUUCUAAUCGUACAUUGGGUUCGCCAACAAGCCACUACCCCAUGAUGAUGCUCCCCUCGGGCCAGGCUGUGACUGUCCUACCUGGGCCUGUUCAGAUGCCAUCUGUCAUCAAUCUGGCCCGACCCAUGUGCAUGGUACCAAACAUUCCUGGGAUCCCUGGUCCUCCACUGGGAAGCAGCAGCAGUGGUUCAAACUCCCCUUCUGGCUACAGCAUCCACUCCGAGGCCAAGAUGCGACUGAAGGCUGCGCUGUCCCAGCAGAGCCCGUCAGGACAUACCAUGGGUAUGAUGGCCAUGGGCGGCAGUCCGAUGGUUCCUCAGGGGGCAGAACAGAGCCAACUGCUUGUCCAACAGCCAGAUGCUCCAUCACCGGCUCAACCUCAGGUAUCUCCAGCACAGCCCACGGGUGGGCGUCGGCGACGGACGGCAGACGACGACCCAGAUGAACGAAGGCAGCGUUUCCUGGAGAGAAACCGGGCCGCUGCAUCACGUUGCAGACAGAAACGCAAACUGUGGGUCAGCUCCUUAGAGAAGAAAGCGGAGGAGCUCAGUACCAUGAAUGUCUCACUGUCGAACGAGGUGUCGCUGUUGAGGAACGAGGUGGCUCAUCUGAAGCAGUUGCUGCUGGCUCACAAGGACUGUCCUGUCACCACCCUGCAGAAGAAGACGGCCUAUUUAGGUGACAUCACACAGAAAGGCUUUGAGAAGAAAAGAGCCAAACUGCUGGCAUCCUACAUCCCUCUUUUGCCCAAUGUGGAUAUGACUUUGCCAGACGUGCAGCUUUCCCCGAGCCACAGUGGCGACCCCACCCCAAGUCCUGAGGCCCCUGGCCCCUCCACAUCUUCGGCCUCCAGACACCACCGUGCACACCGCAGUGGAGGGGCCAGAGAUGAGCGUUACAGAUCAGACAUUCACACAGAAGCUGUGCAGGCAGCACUGGCCAAACACAAAGAGGAAAAGAUGGCACUGCCCAUGCCAACCAAGAGACGCUCAGCCUUUGUCCAGUCCCCCGGUGAUGCUUGCACACCUCCAGACACUUCUUCUGCAUCAGAGGAUGAGGGCUCUCUCCGCAGAAAGGCUGCCCUAGCUCAGGGCUUGCAGAGUCCCGAUUACUGGAUCAAUCGUUCUGUCCAAAGCUCCUCCACAUCGUCAUCAGCAUCCUCAACCCUCUCCCAUGGAGAGCCCAAGAGCCAGCCUCAGCCCCAGCUCGCUGCUUCUGUCUUGACUGAUGUACUGGCUCAGACCCGUAUAGAAAACAGUGUCCCUCCAGAUGUUACAUCCUCUACUCCUCAAGACAGAGGUUCCAGGGUGGACCUUCCUCCUGCUGUUAGAGGCAUGAGCCGUGGGCAGAGCCGCUCUAGCAUGCUGGACACUGCUGACGGUGUGCCCGUCAGCAGCAGAGUGUCCACUAAAAUCCAGCAGCUGCUAAACACACUCAAGCGGCCUAAAAGACCACCACUCAGUGAAUUCUUCCUUGACGACUCUGAAGAAAUAGUAGAAGUUCCCCAGCCAGACCCCAACACCCCCAAGCCCGAGGGGCGUCAAAUCAUCCCGGUGAAGGGGGAGCCCCUUGGUGUCGUUAGUAACUGGCCGCCUGCCCUGCAGGCAGCCCUGGCCCGCUGGGGUGCAACUCAAGCCAAGAGUCCUGCCCUCACAGCUCUGGAUAUCACAGGCAAACCCCUCUACACUCUCACUUAUGGCAAACUGUGGAGUCGCAGUUUAAAGCUGGCCUACACGCUGCUCAAUAAACUUGGCACAAAGACGGAACCUGUGCUACAACCUGGAGAUCGAGUGGCAUUGGUCUAUCCAAACAGUGACCCGGGAAUGUUCUGGGUAGCAUUCUAUGGAUGUUUGUUGGCUGAGGUCAUCCCAGUGCCGAUUGAGGUGCCACUGUCGAGACAGGAUGCAGGCAGUCAGCAGAUCGGCUUUCUGCUAGGCAGCUGUGGCGUCAGUCUGGCACUGACCAGUGAGGUCUGUCUCAAAGGUCUGCCCAAGACACCAAAUGGAGAGAUCAUCCAGUUCAAAGGAUGGCCAAGAAUGAAAUGGGUGGUGACAGACACCAAGUACCUGACCAAACCAUCCAAAGACUGGCAGCCUCAUAUUCCCACCGCCAACACCGACACUGUCUACAUCGAGUACAAAGCCAGUAAGGAAGGAACGGUGAUGGGAGUCGCCGUGUCUAAGAUUUCCAUGCUGACUCACUGUCAGGCCCUGACUCAGGCCUGUAACUAUUGUGAAGGGGAGACGUUGGUUAAUGUGCUGGAUUGUAAGAAGGAUAUGGGCUUGUGGCAUGGUGUCUUAACGAGUGUCAUGAAUAGAAUUCACACCAUCGCUGUGCCAUAUGCCGUCAUGAAAGCCUGUCCGAUAUCCUGGGUGCAGAGAGUCCACAUCCACAAAGCUCGUGUGGCCUUGGUGAAGUGCCGUGACCUUCACUGGGCAAUGAUGGCCCACAAAGAGCAGAGAGACACCAACCUGUCCUCCAUACGGAUGCUAAUAGUAGCCGACGGGGCAAACCCAUGGUCUGUGUCAUCAUGUGAUGCCUUCCUGAAUGUGUUCCAGUCUCAUGGUCUAAAGCCUGAGGUUAUCUGUCCUUGUGCCACUUCUCCCGAGGCCUUGACGGUGGCCAUACGCAGGCCUGGUGCACGAGGAGCUCCUCUGCCAGCCAGGGCCAUCCUGUCCAUGGGCGGGCUGAGCCACGGUGUAAUUCGAGUUAACACCGAGGACAAGAAUUCAGCUCUAACUGUUCAAGAUGUGGGCCAUAUCAUGCCUGGAGCUCUCAUGUGCAUCGUGAAACCAGACGGAUCUCCUCAGCUGUGCAAAACUGAUGAGAUAGGAGAGAUUGUGAUCAGUUCUCGAGCAGGAGGCACCAUGUACUACGGCCUUCCUGGUGUCACCAAAAACACAUUUGAGGUGAUUCCUGUCAACCAGUCUGGUGCACCGUUAGGAGAAGUUCCAUUUACCCGUACUGGUCUGCUAGGAUUUGUUGGCCCAGGCAGCCUGGUAUUUGUUGUGGGGAAGAUCGAGGGGCUGCUGAUGGUGAGCAGGCGACGCCAUAAUGCCGACGACCUGGUGGCGACUGCCCUCGCAGUGGAGCCUGUCAAAACAGUUUACAGGGGAAGGAUUGCCGUGUUCUCAGUGACUGUGUUUUAUGACGAGAGGAUCGUGAUUGUGGCAGAGCAGCGGCCUGACGCCAGCGAGGAGGACAGCUUUCAGUGGAUGAGUCGGGUUCUGCAGGCCAUCGACACUAUCCACCAGGCCGGCCUGUACUGCCUUGCCCUGGUUCCAGCCAACACCCUCCCAAAGACACCCUUCGGAGGCAUCCACAUCUGUGAAACCAAGCAGAACUUUCUAGAGGGAAACCUGCACCCCUGCAAUAUCCUCAUGUGCCCACACACCUGUGUUACCAACAUGCCCAAACCACGGCAGAAGCAGCCUGUGGACGUUGGUCCAGCUUCUAUGCUGGUGGGCAACCUCGUGGCAGGGAAACGAAUCGCCCAGGCCACAGGUAGAGAACUGGGUGUAGUGGAGGACCAGGAUCUGAUUAGAAAGCUCUGUAUGUGGCCUACAGUGAUGCACCAAUUCUUAUCUGAAGCACUUCAGUGGAGAGCCCAGACAGACCCGGACCAUGUUCUUUAUGUGCUGUUGAAUGCAAAGGGGGUGCCAGUGUGCACAGCUACAUGUGCUCAGCUACACAAAAGAGCAGAGAAAAUAACAGCCACCCUCAUGGAGCGAGGAGGCCUCAACACAGGAGACAACGUGGUGCUGCUUUAUCCCCCAGGGAUUGAUCUCAUAGCUGCCUUCUAUGGCUGUCUUUAUGCUGGUGUCAUCCCUGUGACUGUGCGCCCCCCCCACCCACAGAACCUGGCUGCCACGCUCCCCACUGUCCGCAUGAUAAUUGACGUGAGCAAAGCCGCCUGCAUCCUCACCACUCAGCUUCUCAUGAGGAUCCUCAAGUCCAGGGAAGCUGCAGCCAGCGUCAAUAUCAAAACAUGGCCCACCAUCAUUGAUACAGAUGAUCUCCCCAGAAAGCGUCCUCCACAGAUCUACAAACCCCCGACAGCUGAGAUGUUGGCUUACCUGGACUUCAGUGUGUCCACCACAGGCAUGUUGACUGGAGUUAAGAUGUCUCACAGUGCAGUCAGCACCCUGUGCCGCUCCAUCAAGCUACAGUGUGAACUCUACUCUUCACGUCAAAUAGCCAUCUGCCUGGAUCCAUACUGUGGCCUGGGUUUUGUCCUGUGGUGCCUCUCCAGUGUUUACUCAGGUCACCAGUCCAUCCUCAUCCCUCCCCUGGAGCUGGAGAGCUCACUUCCUCUGUGGCUGAGCACACUCAGUCAGUACAAGAUCAGAGACACAUUCUGCUCCUACUCUGUCAUGGAGCUUUGCACAAAGGGCCUCGGGACCCAGACGGAGAUGCUGAAGGCACGUGGCCUGAAUCUGUCUUGCGUGCGGAGCUGCGUGGUCAUAGCUGAAGAGCGACCCCGGCUUUCUCUCACACAGUCCUUCUCCAAGCUCUUCAGAGAUCUUGGCCUGUCGUCACGAGCCGUCAGCACCGCCUUUGGCUCCAGGGUCAACCUGGCUAUUUGUAUGCAGGGCACAGCUGGACCAGACCCCUCCACCGUCUAUGUAGACAUGAAGUCUCUGCGUCAUGACAGGGUGAGGCUCGUUGAACGGGGAGCGCCACAAAGUCUUCCACUCAUGGAAUCAGGCACUAUCCUACCAGGCGUGAGGGUCAUUAUUGUAAACCCAGAGACCAGAGGUCCACUGGGAGACUCUCAUCUUGGCGAGAUCUGGGUGAACAGUCCUCACAGUGCUAGCGGCUACUACACCAUCUAUGGGGAAGAGAGCCUGCAGGCUGACCACUUCAACACACGACUCAGCUUUGGGGAGCCCAACACUCUAUGGGCCCGAACAGGCUACCUGGGCUUCAUCAAGAGGACCGAGUUACUGGAUGCCAGUGGAGAUCGCCAUGAUGCCUUGUUUGUAGUGGGCUCCCUGGAUGAAACGUUGGAGCUGAGGGGCUUGCGUUACCACCCCAUCGACAUUGAGACAUCGGUGUCUCGAGCUCAUCGCAGCAUCGCAGAGAGUGCUGUGUUUACGUGGACCAACCUGCUGGUGGUGGUGGCCGAGCUAAGUGGUUCCGAGCAGGAGGCCCUGGACCUGGUGCCCCUGGUUACCAACGUGGUCCUGGAGGAGCACCACCUCAUCGUGGGUGUCGUGGUCAUCGUGGACCCAGGAGUGAUCCCCAUCAACUCCAGAGGAGAGAAGCAGCGGAUGCACCUGCGGGACUCCUUCCUGGCCGAUCAACUGGACCCCAUCUACGUGGCCUACAACAUGUGAUCCGGCUGCAAGGGGGUCUGUGGAUCCAUAGUGACCAUGGGGGGGCAUGAAGUCAGCACAGUCUUGUCACAGUCUUGUCCUGAAAGUACGGCGGCUGUACUGUAUGAAGUGUGCUUCCUACUUCUUUAACAUUGCUGAUGUUUUAUAGGAGAUCUUUCAUGAUCGCCAGGAAACAAUUCAUUGCUUUUGGUCUGAACAAUCAUGCAGAUUAGAAAAACAACAAAAAAAGGCCCUUCACUUUUCAGUGGCAGGAAAGCACACCGGAACGCGGAGAAGAGCUGGAACUUUCCCUCUUGCACUUUAAGUCCUCACACCUCUAACGCCCUCUUCCUGUCUAGCCUGCCUGAAAGGGAAGGAAGGACCUUCCUCCACCUGACAGCGGAAACCUCACCAUCAGUAUUAAGUGUCGCCGGCAGGGGGCGCUCUGAAGUUACCAUGCCAGAAAAAUCUGCAAAAUGGCAGUGUGCUGACUGAGGGGGGUGCACCUUUCCUGAAAGGGCUUGGUGACCCCGACAAAAGAUGCUCAUCUUGCAACACAAGCUGCUUCCUAAAUGACCCAUCAAGCUUCGUCAAAGACCAAACAAACAGGAGCUACUUUUAUCAUCUUUGCCUCAUUUGGGGUGUUUUUCUUCAUUUUACAUCCACUGUCUUGCACAAAAAGAGCCUGUCUAAUUGUGGAGGUGAUCUUCACCAUGGACCCAAAAGUGGACCUCUUGGUGACUACCAAGCUGACCAGGCUGGCUCUGGACCACAUCCCAUUCUUAGGAAGCACACUGCUGUUUCUCCCCCAAUGGUGUAGAACUGUGACGUUACCACCGUCUGGGGGAGCUUGUGUAAGUUCUCCAUCGUAGGAGUGGAGAACAUCUUAGAACAGUCAAAUAGUGUUGAUGGGUCAGCAGAAGGCAGUCACGUGCCUUUUCACAACCAAGCCCUAUUGUGACAAUAUGGACUGUUGAAUUUCAUAGAGAUAUCACAAAUGAGGACAGAACUUUGCCUUAUUGAAGCUCCUCCUCCUGUCAUUGAAGAAGUACAACACCACCUUUCCAUUUGUGUCGUUUGCAUAGAAGGGUGGUGGCUACCUUUUUUACUAACUUUGUUUUUCCUCAUUCCAUCAUCACAUAUUCCCGUUUCAUAUGAAUGUCUAACACUGAAAACAACCAUGGUCGCACGGUGGACGAGUGAUUGGCAUAUUGGCCACACAUUCAGGAGAUCGGGAAGACCUGGGUUCUCCCUGUGGGUUUUCGCCGGGUACUCCGGUUUCCUCCCCCAUUCCAUUGGCCACUCCAAAUUGUCCAUAGGUAUGAAUGUGGGUGGGAAUGGUUGUUUGUCUAUAUGUGCCCUGUGAUUGGCUGGCCACAAGUCCAGGGUGGACCCCGCCUCUCACAGCUGGGAUAGGCUCCGGCAGACCCCCGCCCUUGUGAGGAUAAGCGGUAUAAAAGAUGGAUGGAUGAAAAACAACAGAGUGACAGUUUCCAGCAAGUCAUAGAAGAAUAUUUCAAAAUGAAAAUCUACUUCGUAAAAGGUAGGAGGCAAAUGAAGGUAAUGUUGGUGUUUAUUGGUUAUUUUACAGCUCAAAUACUGUCAUCACUGUAGUUAUUGUGCACAUGAGACUUGGCUGAUGUUUCAUCAUUCACAGCAUUUUUAUCAUUAGUUUUAAAUGAUGGUUUAACAUUGUUAAAAACAAAAACCAUGUAGAGGAUUCUGGCAGGAACACCAGCACUUUCCUUCAUAUUGUUCAGUGUGAGUGCCCCUCAAUGGGUCUGUCUGAAAUGGGUGUGCAUCAUUUGAUUAUUGGCUUUUUUAAGUAAAACGGUGGGUUUUUAUUGGCAUAUUAAAUCGUUUGUUGUUGUUUUUUUAAUAUUUCUUUUUUAAAGUCACCUCCACUGUAACUUUAACCCGUUCCAUCCAAAUAUGGAACCCGAGAUAUUUAGUAGGGUUUCCAUUGCUAUUUUCUUAGUGUAAUGUUUGUUUGAAAUGCCACAAUUCCUGCAAGCAAGCUGCUUUUACAUCCUGGGAAAUUGCUACUUGGAAUCCGUGCAGUGUCAAAAAGUGACGCGUAGGCAGGCAAGUAAGAUCAACUCCUUGAAAAAGUGAAGCACUUGAGUCACUUUGUGAUAUUCCUCUGUUGCAGCCGACUCAAUUUGAUGGCAAGUUUUGAAUAAACUUUUAUAAUUUAUUGUUGGCCUUCCUACCUUUUUCAAUAGAGAUUGGUGCUAUCCAAAUGGGGGAAGGUGGAUGCUCAUAGGUUGUUCACCACCCUGUUCUAGAUGGGUUUGUCUUCACCUGUGGGCUGGGAAAAGAUCUCCAGAGGCAUCCCAACAUGGACAAUGCAAGAACAUCUCAUGUGAGUGCUUGAGCUUUCCAAAGUUAUUCCAAGCACAAUAUGUUAACCUGUAUGUAAGUUUGGAUCCUGUUGACACAAACCCAAGGGCCCACAAUAUUAUAUACCUCAGUGACUUGUCUCUUCACUAUGCAUCACCGAGCUGCAGCAGUUUCCUUCAAUGGUGCGAUUUCUCCUAACUUGUCUUGACAAACAAAUUCUGUCACACUGUCAUUGGAUGUGGUUCAUGUCAAAUAAAAUCAGAUGCUUUGUCAGAAAUUCAUGUCAUCG